CGCCAGCUAUUACCAAAGCGCAGGCGCGAAGCAAUAGUGCUUGAUUUGGCUGUCAUGAAGGGCGUUUGCAUUUGUGGUUAAUCGUGCAGAGAGCUAGUGCUGUUAAAAAAAAAUUGCCAGUUUCGCGAAAAUCUACACGCGGUAGUACCAGUAGACGGUCGGUUCUACUGGUAUAAGAAAUGACUACGGACAUCAGCAUCGUGAGGUGGGACCCCACUUUGCCGCAACAGAUCGAAGAAGAUUACGAAUAUGACGGCGGAAAUUCUUCGUCGAGACUAUUCGAACGGUCUCGCAUAAAAGCUCUAGCCGACGAGAGGGAGAGCGUGCAAAAGAAAACCUUCCAGAAAUGGGUGAACUCGCACCUGGUGCGUGUCAACUCGCGUAUCGUCGACCUCUACACCGACAUGCGCGACGGCAAGAACCUAAUCAAGCUGCUGGAGGUGUUGUCGGGCGAGCGGCUACCCCGUCCCACCAAAGGCAAAAUGCGUAUCCACUGCCUCGAGAACGUCGACAAGGCGUUGCAAUUCCUUAAGGAACAGCGCGUCCACCUGGAGAAUAUGGGCUCGCACGACAUCGUCGACGGCAACCCCCGUCUCUCUCUCGGCCUCAUCUGGACCAUAAUCCUCCGCUUCCAAAUUCAAGACAUCACAAUCGAGGAGACCGACAAUCAGGAAACGAAAUCUGCCAAGGACGCAUUGCUCCUCUGGUGUCAGAUGAAAACCGCCGGUUACAAUAACGUCAACGUGAGGAAUUUUUCCACGUCGUGGCGCGAUGGGCUCGCCUUCAACGCCCUGAUCCACAAGCACCGCCCUGAUCUGAUACAGUUCGAGAAACUUUCCAAAUCGAAUCCCAUGCACAACCUGAACAACGCUUUUAACGUUGCCGAAGACAAAUUGGGUCUCACGAAACUCCUCGACGCGGAAGAUGUCUUCGUCGAGCAACCGGACGAAAAAUCCAUUAUCACUUACGUCGUCACAUACUACCAUUACUUCAGCAAAAUGAAACAGGAAACAGUGCAGGGCAAGCGUAUCGGUAAAGUCGUCGGAAUAGCUAUGGACAACGAGCGCAUGAUCAGAGAGUAUGAAUCGCUGACGAGCGAUCUUCUUGCCUGGAUCGAGGCGACGAUCCGCGCUCUCGGCGAGCGACAGUUCGCCAACAGUCUCGCGGGUGUGCAGCAGCAACUCGGCCAGUUCAAUAAUUACCGAACGGUCGAAAAACCGCCGAAAUUUGUUGAGAAAGGUAACCUCGAAAUACUCCUUUUUACGCUCCAAUCGAAGAUGAGGGCGAACAAUCAACGUCCAUAUACGCCCAAGGAAGGCAAAAUGAUAUCGGAUAUUAACAAGGCGUGGGAGAGGCUCGAGAAGGCGGAACACGAACGUGAACUCGCUCUCCGCGAAGAGCUGAUCCGCCAGGAGAAGCUCGAGCAGUUGGCGGCGAGAUUUAACCGUAAGGCGAGCAUGCGCGAGACGUGGCUCAGCGAAAACCAGCGGCUCGUUUCUCAGGACAAUUUCGGACAGGAUUUGGCGGCGGUCGAAGCCGCAGCGAAGAAACACGAAGCCAUAGAAACAGACAUAUUCGCGUACGAGGAACGCGUUCAAGCGGUCGUGUCGGUUGCCGCGGAAUUGGAAACCGAAAACUACCACGAUAUGGAGCGCAUUAACGCGCGCAAAGACAACGUCCUCCGCCUCUGGAAUUACCUGCUGGAAUUGCUUAGAGCUCGUAGGAAUAGGUUAGACUUGUCAUUGCAGCUGCAACAGAACUUCCAAGAGAUGUUGCACAUACUGGACGCAAUGGAGGAAUUGAAGGCGCGCUUGCUGGUCGACGAUUUCGGCAAGCACUUGAUGGGCGUCGAAGACCUUCUCCAGAAGCAUAAUCUACUCGAGGCGGACAUCAAUAUACUCGGCGAUAGGGUCAAAGCGGUCGCCGGUCAGUCUCAACGUUUCGUCGAUGUCGAGAAUGAGGAGGGUUACAGACCGUGCGAUCCUGCUUUAGUGUUGGACCGCGUGCAGCAGCUUGAGGAAGCGUACGCGCAGCUCGUUAAGCUCGCGGUAGAACGCAGGUCGCGACUCGAGGAGAGCAAGAAACUGUGGCAGUUCUAUUGGGACAUGGCCGACGAGGACAACUGGAUCAAAGAAAAGGAACAGAUCGUGUCCACGUCUGACGUCGGUCACGAUCUGACCACCGUCAACCUGUUGCUGAGCAAGCACAAGAUAUUGGAGAACGAGCUGUCUGCUCACGAGCCACAGCUCGAAGAAGCGCUUAGCGUAGGCGAGGAACUUGUCGCUUCCGGACACUUUGGCGCGGAAAAGAUCCAAGAGCGAUUGAACGAGAUCCGCGACGCGUGGAAACAUUUGCUUGACCUCGCUGCUUACCGUCGCAAACGUCUCGAGGAAGCUGUCGACUACCAUCAGCUAUUCGCCGACGCCGACGAUGUCGACAUCUGGAUGCUCGAUACGUUGCGUCUGGUCUCAAGCGAGGACGUCGGUCGCGACGAGGGUAACGCGCAGUCGCUCCUCAAAAAACACAAAGACGUAACCGAUGAGCUUAAGAAUUACGCGAGCGUCAUCGAAAGCCUGCACCAGCAGGCGGAGCAGCUCGGUCCAGAAGUGGCGACCUCGCCGGAAGUCGCACAGAGACUCGCCUCGAUCGAUAAUCGAUACAAAGAACUGCUCGAGCUCGCGAAGCUGCGCAAACAACGUCUCCUGGACGCGCUCUCUCUCUACAAACUGUUAUCGGAGAGCGAUGGCGUCGAGCAAUGGAUCAGCGAGAAGGACCGCAUGCUGCAGACAAUGAUACCGGCGCGCGAUAUCGAAGACGUCGAAAUCAUGAAGCAUCGCUACGACGGCUUCGAGAAGGAGAUGAACGCUAACGCGUCCCGUGUCGCCGUAGUCAACCAGUUGGCGCGGCAACUGCUCCACGUUGAGCAUCCUAAUUCGGAGCAGAUCACUGCCAGGCAGAACCAGCUCAACCAGAAAUGGGCGGAAUUGAGGGAAAAAGCGGAAGCGAAACGCGAGGAAUUGAACUCCGCGCACGGCGUCCAAACUUUCCACAUCGAGUGCCGCGAAACGACCACCUGGAUCGAGGACAAGGUGCGCAUACUCCAGGAAACCGACAGCCUCGAGAUGGACCUGACGGGAAUAAUGACAUUGCAACGCCGCUUGUCCGGUAUGGAACGAGACUUAGCCGCGAUCCAAGCGAAACUCAACUCGCUGCAGUCAGAGGCGGACGGAAUCGAGGGCGAGCAUCCGGAAGAGGCGGCCGUCAUCAGGGAGCGCAUAGUGCAGAUUCAGGUGAUUUGGGAACGGCUGACGCAGAUGUUGAAGGAGCGCGACGCAAAACUCGAGGAAGCCGGCGAUUUGCACCGCUUCCUGCGCGAUCUCGACCACUUCCAGACGUGGCUGACAAAAACCCAGACGGAUAUCGCCUCCGAAGACACGCCCAGCAACCUGCCGGAGGCGGAGAAACUCCUUUCCCAGCACCAAGCCAUUAAAGAAGAGAUCGACAAUUACACGGACGAUUACACGAAGAUGAUGGAGUACGGCGAAAAGAUCACGGCCGAUCCGGGCACCCAGGACGAUCCUCAGUACAUGUUCCUUCGGGAGCGGCUCAAAGCUCUGAAGGACGGAUGGGCGGAGAUCCACCAGAUGUGGGACAACAGGCAGCAUCUCCUCUCGCAGUCGCUCAGCCUGCAGCUGCUUGAGAAGGACGCGCGUCAAGCUGAAGUCGUUCUUAACCAGCAAGAACACACUCUCAGCAAGGAUGAGUCCCCCACUACGCUCGAACAGGCCGAGAAUCUGCUCAAGCGCCACGAGGCUUUUCUCGCGACAAUGGAAGCGAACGACGACAAAGUCAACGGCGUCGUUGAGUUUUCGAGACGGCUGUGUGACGAGAAUCAUUUUGCCGGCGACAAGAUCGGACGUCGGGCCGACAACCUCGACGAGCGACGAUUGGCGAAUAAGGAACGCGCACAGGCGCUGUUCGAACGUCUACGCGAUCAGCUCGAACUCCACCAGUUCCUCCGGGACUGUGACGAAUUGGGCGAAUGGAUCCAAGAGAAACACAUCACCGCUCAGGACGAGACGUACCGUUCGGCCAAGACUGUCCACUCAAAAUGGACCAGACAUCAAGCGUUCGAAGCAGAGAUCGCCGCUAACAAAGAGCGCUUGCUCAAUUUGCAAAAAGCCGGUGACGAACUCGCGAAAGAGAAACCCGAAUACGCGAACCUUAUUCGGCCGAAGAUCGAUGAGUUGGCCGAUCAGUUCGAUGUGCUCGAACAGACGACCAAGGAGAAGGGCGAGCGCCUAUUUGACGCGAAUCGUGAAGUGCUCAUCCAUCAGACUUGCGACGAUAUCGACUCGUGGAUGAACGAUCUAGAGAAACAGAUCGAGAGCGACGACACAGGCAGUGACCUCGCAUCCGUCAACAUCCUCAUGCAAAAGCAGCAGAUGAUCGAGACCCAGAUGGCGGUGAAGGCGCAGCAGGUCCACGAGCUAGAGAAACAGACGAAGCACCUCGAGACUGCUGCUCCCGACAAAGACAUCAACGAGAUCAAGGUGAAAAAGUCGCGGGUCGAGGAACGCUUCCAGUUAAUCAAGCAGCCGCUGCUUGAACGGCAACGCGUGCUCGAGAAGAAAAAGGAGGCAUUGCAAUUCAGGCGCGAUGUCGAGGACGAGUUGCUUUGGGUCGCGGAGAAGAUGCCGCAGGCGACGUCCGUGGAAUACGGCAACAACCUGUUCCAGGUGCAUGUACUCGAAAAGAAGAACCACUCGCUCCAAACGGAAGUGGACAAUCACGAGCCGCGCAUUAACACUGUAUGCAACAACGGUCAAAAGUUGAUCGACGAGGGUCACGAGGACGCGAGCGAGUUCGCGCGUCUCAUCGGUGAACUGCACAAGGCGUGGCAAGAGCUGAAGGACGCGAUCGAGAAGCGACGCGAGAAUCUAUUGCGCAACGAGCGCGCCCAGCAGUACCUGUUCGACGCGAACGAAGCCGAGAGCUGGAUGAGCGAGCAAGAACUCUAUAUGAUGGUGGAGGACCGCGGCAAGGACGAAACUUCGGCCAGAAAUUUUAUGAAGAAACACGAGGGUCUCGAGGCGGCGGUCGAAGCUUACGCGGACACGAUCAGGAGCUUGGGAGAGACGGUUAAAGCUUUGGCGGCCGAAGGACAUCCGCUUGCCGAACAGGUGGCCGUCAAGCAGUCGCAGCUCGACAAGUUGUAUGCGGGACUUAAGGAUUUGGCGCAGGAGCGACGGGCCAAGUUGGACGAGGCUCUCCAACUUUUCCUCCUCAAUCGAGACGUUGGCGAUUUGGAACAGUGGAUCGCCGAUAGGGAGGUAGUGGCUUCGUCGCACGAACUCGGUCAGGACUACGAUCACGUCACGCUGCUGUGGGAACGGUUCAAAGAGUUCGCCCACGAUACCGAGGCGAUCGGAAGCGAACGAGUCGCUGGCGUGAACGAUAUCGCCGAUCAGCUAAUCGCUGCCGGACACUCCGACUCUGCCACCAUAGCCGAAUGGAAGGACGGACUUAACGAGGCGUGGCAGGACCUGCUGGAAUUGAUCGAGACCCGUACUCAAAUGCUCGCCGCCUCGAGGGAAUUGCACAAGUUCUUCCACGAUUGCAAGGACAUCCUCGGUCGUAUUUUGGAGAAGCAGGUCGCCAUGUCGGACGAGUUGGGUCGCGACGCCGGUUCCGUAUCGACGUUGCAACGCAAACACCAAAACUUUAUGCAAGACCUGCAGACGUUGCAGUUACAAGUGCAGCAGAUCCAGGAGGAGUCGGCGAAACUGCAGGCCAGCUACGCUGGGGACCGGGCUAAAGAGAUCACGAACAGGGAACAGGAGGUGGUGGCCGCGUGGGCUAACCUUCAGGUCGCGUGCGACCAGAGGCGGGGCAAGUUGGCCGACACCGGCGAUCUGUUCAAGUUCUUCAACCUGGUCAGGACGCUGAUGCAAUGGAUGGACGACGUCGUCAGGCAAAUGAACACCAGCGAGAAACCGAGGGACGUCAGCGGCGUCGAACUACUGAUGAACAACCAUCAGAGCCUGAAGGCGGAGAUCGACGCGAGGGAGGAUAACUUUGCCGCGUGUAUAUCCCUCGGCAAGGAGUUGCUGAGUCGUAACCAUUACGCGAGCGCCGAGAUCAAGGAAAAACUGGUGACGCUGAGCAAUCACAGGCAGUCGGUACUGCAACGGUGGGAAGAAAGAUGGGAAAACCUGCAACUGAUCCUGGAAGUGUACCAGUUCGCUAGGGACGCCGCGGUCGCGGAGGCGUGGUUGAUUGCGCAGGAACCGUACCUGAUGAGUACCGAGCUGGGUCACACAAUCGACGACGUCGAGAACUUGAUCAAGAAACAUGAGGCAUUCGAAAAGUCAGCGGCCGCGCAGGAGGAGAGGUUCAGCGCGCUGGAACGUCUCACGACGUUCGAGCUGCGAGAGAUGAAGCGUCGUCAAGAGUUGGCGGAGGCCGAGGAGAGGGCGAGACGCGAGCGCGAAGAAGCCGAACGAUUGGCCGCGAUCGAGGCGGCCAAACCGAAAGAACCCGAGCAGGUGACGAGCGACAGACCCGACUCGGGAGGCAUUUCCGUCGAGGAACGACCGGUGCAUGGACAACAGCGACGGCCGCAGACCUUGCCCGCAGCAUCGGGCGCUGAGAUAAGUCCCCGACAGCAGAGUCCGGGGUCGCAGACACUGACGCGAUCGGCCGAGAAGGCGAAGCGGAAAGAUCGGUCGCGUAGUAAGUCGCCGUUUAGGAGUUUCCGGUGGAAAAAGGGCGCAUCAAAGUCAUCGUCCGGCGCCCACAGCGACGACGAGGGCAUACAUUCCGCCUCGGCCCAAGAACGCGGCAGUCCGGACGAGGAGGAAGGUUUCGAGGGUGUCUUGGUUCGCAAACACGAAUGGGAGAACACUACCGUGAAAGCGACGAACCGAUCGUGGGAUAAAGUCUAUGCGGUACUUCGUGGCAGCCAGCUCUCCUUUUACAAGGAAGCGAAGCAGGCGAAGACGACGCCUGACCAGAGAUACAAGGGCGAGGCGCCAUUGCAGCUGCACGGCGCGAACGCAUCGAUCGCUUCCGAUUACAAAAAGAAGAAGCACGUGUUCAGGCUAAAGCUGGAGAACGGCGGCGACUUUCUAUUCCAGGCGCACGACGACGCCGAAAUGAACGCGUGGAUCAGCCGCAUCAAUUCGCACGCCGACGUCACCGCGUCCGGUCCGUCGAGGUCGCAGACGUUGCCCGCGUCUGCGCAAAAGGAAGACUCCAAACGGCGCAGCUUUUUCACCCUUAAGAAAACCUAAGAUAAGUGGCUUUCCUAAUCUCCUCCCGUGAAAGCUUUAUCGCCUCAUUUUGGAUGGAGGAGUCUGUUCUUUGCCCAUUUUUCGUAUUAGAGCGUAUGAUUAUAUUUUUCCUUGUAGAUUGCACAUUAUAGUAAUAAUUUAAAUGUAAUAUACUUGGAGUUUCAAAACAAAAAAGAAUUAUUAUCGAUCGGAGUGUAAGAGGGACGGACUCCAUACAACCAGUGUUGACUAUAUGUAUUUAUUAAAAUGGAAAACAGUAAAAUGCUUUGGCGACCAUGUUGAACACUCUUAUCGAAUGUAUUAACCCUGACUGCAAAGUGGGGGGACUUAAAAAAAAAUUAACGCGUUUUAUUUCUUUGGACGGUGACACCUAUUCGUUUUUUUUUUGUGUGUUAUGUAUUUUUUAAAUUUUCUAUUUUUCGUUGCAGUAAUUAAUAUUAAUAUAUUAUUAUUACGAUUGGUUUAUAAUGAAAGUUUUUGCUUAGCAGGUCGGCCACGAGCUGAGCGGUUUAUAUAUUUUCGUAUUUGUAUUUUGUAGAAUUUUUGUCUAUUUUACAUUCAAAAAUUUGUGCUUCUGAAUAUAAACUAUAUACAUAUAUAUAUAUUAAAAUAUUGUUUUUAGUA